ACCUGUUAAACAGGUAAUCAAAAUACAACCGACACUAACAGCCACCUCUCCUCCCCUUUUCAUCUUUUCCAGGAACCUCUUCCUCCAUUCUCUCCCACCGGCCACCACCAACCCUGCAUGUUGAUGAUGCCGCCGCCGCAGCCCCAACCUCUGCCUUCAACUAUCUACCAAAGUUUUGCUCACACCGGGGAAGUAUAACCCUCUUCCUUAUUCUUCCCCUGUUUUCAAAUCACCCUCAAUAUUCUAUAACCGGUUCCUAAUAGAUUAUGCAACUUUACACAAGUGCUAUUUGAAAAAUGAAAGAAACCAAAUUUCCACACACUUUCCUGUGAAGACUUGAACACCUUGUUCACACUUGUAUAGUCAACUACUUCCUUUAUUUGUAUCUGCUUCAUAGUUAUACCAAACUUGCAUUUCACUGGACCUAGCAUCAUUGAAGGGGUAAUUUAAUGGCAUCUACCAUAGAUGGAGCUUCUUCUUCUUCUUCCUCUGCGUCCAUUCGAACGGCACGAUGCUCCAGCUCCAACCAUGUUUUCUUGAGUUUCAGGGGUGAUGACACUCGCAAGGGUUUCACAGACCAUCUCUUUGCUUCCUUGGAAAGGAAGGGGAUCAAAACUUUCAGGGAUGAUCAUGGUCUUGAGAGGGGAGGACUGAUCUCGUUGGAACUCAUGAAAGCCAUUGAAGAGUCAAUGUUUGCAGUGGUCAUUCUCUCACCAAACUAUGCUUCCUCAACAUGGUGCUUAGAUGAGCUCCAGAAAAUUGUUGAGUGCCGGAAGACUUUUGGUCAAGCGGUUUUUCCGGUGUUCUAUGGUGUGGAUCCGUCUGAUGUGAGGCAUCAGAGAGGAAGCUUUGCUAAAGCUUUCAAAGAUCAUGAAGAGAAAUUCAGAGAAGAGGGAGGGAAAGUGGAAAAAUGGAGAGAGGCCUUAAGAGAAGUUGCUAGCUAUUCUGGUUGGGACUCCAAGGAUCGGCACGAGGCAGCACUGGUUGAAACAAUUGUUGAAGAUGUACAGAAGAAAUUGAUUCCUAAAUUGCCAUCUUGCACAGAUAACCUUGUUGGGAUUGAUUCACGGAUAAAGGAAGUACAUUCACUCUUAGGGAUGGGGUUAAGUGAUGUUCGCUUCAUGGGCAUAUGGGGCAUGGGAGGCAUAGGUAAGACGACUAUUGCUAGAUUGGUCUAUGAGGCGAUCAAAGAGGAGUUCAAGGUUAGUUGCUUUCUUGCAAACAUUAGAGAGGUGUCAAAGGCGAAUGGCUUAGCUCAGAUCCAAAGGGAGCUUCUUUCUCAUCUUAAUAUCAGAAGCGGUGAUUUUUACAAUGUUCACGAUGGGAAAAAGAUAUUUGCAAACUCUUUAAGCAACAAGAAGGUUCUUCUUGUUCUUGAUGAUGUAAGUGAAUUAAGCCAAUUGGAAAAUUUAGCUGGAAAGCAAGAAUGGUUUGGUCCAGGAAGCAGAGUAAUCAUCACAACCAGAGAUAAGCACCUGCUAGUGACUCAUGGAGUGCAUGAAAUUUGCAAGGCUAGGGGCUUAGUCCAAAAGGAAGCCCUUAAGCUCUUCUCUUUAAAAGCCUUUAAACAAGACGAACCUGAAGAAGAGUACUCGAGUUUGUGCAAAGAAGUGGUUGAAUAUACUAGAGGCCUUCCAUUGGCACUUGAGGUAUUGGGUUCCCAUCUUCAUAGAAGAACAAUUGAGGUUUGGCAUAGUGCUUUAGAACAAAUAAAAAGUAUUCCACACUCCAAAAUCCAAGAUACGCUGAAAAUAAGUUAUGACAGCUUACAGUCUAUGGAGAAAAAUAUGUUUCUAGAUAUUGCCUGUUUCUUCAAAGGGAUGGACAUUGAUGAAGUGAUUGAGAUAUUAAAAAACUGUGGGGAUUAUCCCCAAAUUGGAAUUGACAUUUUGAUUGAAAGAUCUUUGGUAACUGUAGAUAGCAUGCACAAUAAGUUGGGGAUGCAUGAUUUGCUUCAAGAAAUGGGCAGGAAUAUUGUAUUUCAAGAAUCACCAAAAGAUCCUGGCAGACGUAGUAGGUUGUGGUCUCAGAAAGACAUUGAUCAAGUAUUGACAAAAAAUAAGGGAACUGAUAAAAUUCAAGGCAUAGUUCUAAACUUGGUUCAACCAUACGAAGCUCGAUGGAGCACUGAAGCCUUCUCCAAGAUAAGUGAGCUAAGAUUACUCAAGUUAUGUGACAUGCAACUUCCCCUUGGCCUCAAUUGCCUUCCUAGUGCACUAAAGGUUCUUGAUUGGAGAGGAUGUCCUUUGAAAACCCUCCCACUUGCGAAUGAACUGGAUGAAGUUAUUGACCUCAAAUUGUCUCAUAGCAAAAUAGAACAACUUUGGCAUGGGACAAAGGUUCUCGAAAAUCUGAAGUCAAUCAAGUUGAGUUUUUCCAAGAAUCUAAAGCGAUCCCCAGACUUGGAUGGGGUUCCAAAUCUUGAAUCAUUGGUUCUUGAAGGUUGUACGAGCUUAAAUGAGAUACAUCCAUCCCUUCUACGACACAAGAAACUUAUUCUAAUGAAUUUGAAAGACUGCAAAAGGCUCAAAGCUCUUCCAUGUAAAAUGGAGAUGAGUUCCUUGGAGGAUAUAAAUCUUUCUGGUUGCUCUGAAUUUAAAUAUCUUCCAGAGUUUGGGGAAAGCAUGAAUAAUCUAUCAGCGCUUUCUUUAGGCGGGACUGCUAUAACAAAACUACCCUCAUCACUGGGGUGUCUAGUUAGCCUUGCUCUUUUGGAUUUAGAGAAUUGCAAGAAUCUUGUUUGCCUUCCAGAUACCAUUGCAAAUUUGAAGUCCCUCUUAAUUCUUGAUGUUUCUGGCUGCUCCAAACUCCGUAGCUUGCCAGAGGGUUUGAAGGAACUCAAGUAUUUGGAGGAACUUUGUGCAAGCGGAACUGCUAUUGAAGAGCUACCCUCUUCUGUGUUUUAUUUGGAGAAACUCAAAGUAAUAUCAUUUGCCGGGUGCAAAGGGCCAGUGUCUAAGUCGUUGAAUAUGUUUCUUCUCCCCUUUAAGUGGCUGUUUGGGAGUCAGCAGCAAGAUCCUAUUGGAUUUAGAUUGCCACCUUCUGUAUUGUCUCUACCCUCCUUGACGAGUAUAAAUUUAAGUUACUGCAAUCUUUCUGAAGAAUCAAUGCCAGGUGAUUUUUGUCACUUAUCUUCAUUGAUUAUGUUAGAUCUCACUGGCAACAAUUUCGUUACCCCUCCAAGUAGCAUUGCCAAAUUACCAAAGCUUAAAUAUCUUCGCCUAAACUGGUGCGAAAAGCUUCAACAGUUGCCAGAGCUUCAACCAAGCAUGCAAGAAUUGGAUGCAAGUAAUUGUGCUUCACUGGAAACUUCCAAUAUCAAUCCAUGGAGGCCAUGCUGUCUCUUUGCAUCACCUACACAAUGGUGCUUACCUAGAGAACUAAAGAGCCUUCUGGAGGGUCGACGUCUUCCCAAAGCAAGAUUCGACAUGCUUAUCUCAGGGAGUGAAAUUCCUUCAUGGUUUGCCCCUCAAAAAUGUGUUUCCUUUGCAAAAAUACCAGUACCUCAUAAUUGCCCUCCAACUGAAUGGGUGGGAUUUGCAUUGUGUUUCCUGUUAGUUAGUUAUGCUGAUCCACCUGAGGUGUGCCAUCAUGAAGUCGAUUGCUACUUGUUUGGACCUGAAGGUAAGCUAUUUAUCAGCUCCAGGAACUUACCUCCUAUGCAGCCAUAUUACCCUCACCUUUAUAUUCUCUAUUUGUCAAUUGAUGAAUGCGGUGAUAGAUUUUAUGAAGGUGGUGACUUCAGUGAAAUUGAAUUUGUAUUGAAAUGUUAUUGCUGUCAUUCAUUGAGAAUAGUGAGGUGUGGGUGUCGUCUGGUAAGUAAGCAAGAUCUUGAAGAUGUUUAUGGAAAUCAUUUCUAGUUGGUCUUUACAGUGAAGAGCUUGGAGCUGCCAAUUACAUGAUAUGUCUUAUAUAGAAACUUGUCAUCGAAACUUUUGAGCCUUAUUACAUGUAUAGAAACUUCUCAUUCUGUAUUUUGUACUCAAUUUUUGUUUGUGUUUAGAUAAUCGAUACUUAUGAAA